AUGCUUGACGUCAAGCACAGCAUCGAGAAGCGUGCUGCUUCCCUUGAGGACGUCGCCACUGUUGGUUACGCUACCACUAAUGGCGGAACCACCGGUGGUAAGGGCGGUAAGACCGUCAAGGUCUCCACGCUCAGCGAGCUCACCGCCGCCGUCAAAGGCGAUGACGCCGCCAUUGUCCUCAUCACUGGCCCCAUCAAGGGUUCCGGUGACAACGUCAAGGUUGGCAGCAACAAGUCCAUCAUCGGACAGAACAGUAAGGUCAUCCUCGAGAACUUCACUAUCACCGUCAAGGGUGUCAAGAACGUCAUUCUUCGUAACUUCGCCGUCCAGAAGGUCGUUGGUGGUGAUGCUAUCGCCAUCCAAAAGUCUGAAAAUGUCUGGGUCGACCACCUCGACCUCUCUUCCGACCGUGACCACGACAAGGACUACUACGACGGUCUCCUUGACAUCACCCAUGCUGCUGACUUCGUCACCGUCACCAACACCUUCCUGCACGACCACUGGAAGGCCUCUUUAAUCGGCCACUCCGACUCCAACGGCUCCGAGGACAAGGGUCACUUGACCGUCACCUACGCCAACAACUACUUGUACAACCUCAACUCCCGCGGUCCCUCGUUCCGCUUCGGUACCGGCCAUUUCUACAACAACUACUACGAAAACGUCUCCGACGGCAUCAACACCCGCCAGGGCGCCCAGCUCCUCGUCCAGAACAACGUCUUCGUCUCUUCCAAGAAGGCUCUGUACUCCACCGAUGCCGGCUACGCUGUUGAGUCUGGCAACGACUUCGGUGAUGGCAAGAACACUGCUGAGGAGGGUACUCUUACCAAGGCUCCUUACACUGUCUCUACCCUCCUUGCUGCUUCUAAGGUCAAGGCCGCUGUUGUUGGCACAGCUGGUAACACCCUCUCCUUUUAA